GGGGCGACAGGCAUCAGGCCCCCAGGCAGAGCAACAGGCAUCGGGCCCCCAGGCGGAGCGGCGGGCACCUGGCCCCCAGGAGGGGCGACAGGCAUCGGGCCCCCAGGCAGGGCGACAGGCAUCGGGCCCCCAGGAGGGGCGACAGGCAUCGGGCCCCCAGGAGGGGCGGCAGACACCGGGCCCCCAGGCGGAGCGGCGGGCACCGGGUCAUCAGGCACGACAAAGGGCAUCGGGUCACCAGGCAUCAGGUCAUUUGGCUCGCCAGUGGGCACCGCGUCAUCUGGCAAGGCAGUGGGCACCGUGUCACCAGGCACGACAGUGGGCUCCGAGUCAACUGGCAUGACCGCGGGCACUGGGUCAGACAUUGGAUCGUCUGGCUGGACAGCGGGCAUCGGGUCACCAGGCAUCAGGUCAUUUGGCUCGACAGUGGGCACCGAGUCACCAGGCACGACAGUGGGCUCUGAGUCAAUUGGCACGACAGCGGGCACCGGGUCAUCAGGCAUGACCGCGGGCACUGGGUCAUCAGGCAUUGGAUCGUCUGGCUCGACAGCGGGCAUCGGGUCACCAGGCAUGAUAGGAUCAUCAGGCUGGAUCAGCUGGGUACAGACAUCAGGCUGAAGUGCGGGUGCUGAGUCACCAGGC